AUGGGGAUUCUUCUCUACAGCCUUCAUGUUCUUCUCGUCAGUGUUCUUCCCUUCUCCAAUGCGCACAGGAGGGAGAGACUCAGUCUUGGGGACUCGCUCUCCAUCGACAGGGAAGGCGACGAACUGGUCUCCCCCAACGGAACCUUCGCCGCCGGCUUCAUCCAGGUCGGUGAAAACGCUUACUGCUUCUCCAUCUGGUACGCCCGCCGCCCCGGAAAAAAGACGGUCGUAUGGAUGGCGAACAGAGACAAACCAGUCACGACUACCGUCUCCGAGAUUCAUCUCAACAAAUACGGCACUCUCGUUCUGAUCAGCGGUGGCGAAGGCAAGGUAUGGGAGACGAACACCGCAUUCAGGAGGGAUGUGAAGGAGCUGGAGCUGCUAGAGACGGGAAACCUGGUUCUCACGAACGGAAAUGGGGAAUUUGUGUGGCAGAGCUUCGCCUCACCCACCGACACACUCCUCCCCGGUCAACAGCUCACAAGGAACACCGUCCUGGUAUCUAAGAGAGACGCCGGAAACUAUCUGUCGGGUUCCUAUAGCUUCAAAUUCAACGACGAUAAUGUGGUCUACCUCAUCUACAGUGGCCCCGAAGUCUCUAGCGUCUACUUUCCGCUGCAGGAUUCAGCGGUAUACGCCCAAGGAAGAACCAACUUCAACAGCACUAGGUUGGCAGCGAUGGACGACAUGGGAACUUUCUCUUCCAGCGACUUGUUCCACUUCAACUCGUCGGACUACGGGAGAGGGCCGCACCGCCGCCUGACGCUGGACCAUGACGGUCUCCUCCGGGUGUACAGCAUGAAAGAGCCUAACUGGGAGUGGAAGGUCGUCUGGUUCCUUGAUAUUGGGGUCUGUAGGGUUCACGGUAUGUGCGGAAGCUACGGCAUCUGCAUCUACGCGCCGGAGCCGACGUGCACGUGUCCGCCGGGAUUCAGCCGAGAAGACCCGUCGGACUGGUCUAAAGGUUGCGUGCCACCGUUUAAUCUGACGUUCGAUCAGGCAAGCAUCGACUUCCUAAAAUUUCCCCGGACGGAUUAUUACGGCUACGACCUCGAUACGUUUAGUAAAAACGUGUCUUUGGAAAAUUGCACAGAGACCUGCCGGAAAGAUCACAGGUGCAAAGGCUUUGGAUUCAAAUACCGUACGUGUUAUCCCAAGUUCGUUCUCCUCAACGGCCGAAGGACGCCGAAUGAACCAAACACCAUCUACAUAAAGGUUCCGACGGCUAUGGCUGGAAAGGAAGGUGAAGGCUUGGCGCUGAUUCAAUCCAGCAUAAACGGCUCCGGCAGGAUUAUUAAUACUUCCAGCGGGAAACCACCCUCGGGCGUCGUCAAAAACCUUUAUUUGAGGUACUUGGUUGGAUUCGUAGGAACUCUCGGCGCAAUGGAGGUUGUCAUCAUCGUCCUGGGUUGGUGUUUCAUCAGAAGGAUUAACCGUAGUACGGAACCAGUGAAGAAAGGAUACAGGUUGCAUCAGGUGAUGGGCUUCCGGAGAUUCACCUAUACAGAGCUGAAGAAGGCGACGACCAAUUUCAGCGAGGAAAUCGGCAGGGGAGGCUUCGGGCAGGUCUACAGAGGCCUGUUGGAAGACGGCAAGACGACGGUGGCCAUUAAGAGGCUCGAAGGGGUCACCCAAGGGGAGGCCGAGUUCUGGGCUGAAGUCGCCGUCGUCGGGAGGAUCAACCACAUGAACCUGGUGAGAGUGUUGGGGUUCUGCGCUGAGGGCAAGUAUCGCCUCCUGGUUUACGAGUACCUGCAGAACAGAUCCCUUGACAAGCUCCUCUUCUCCUCCGAUGCCACUAACGUGUUGGAUUGGGAGAAGAGGUACUCCAUCGCAGUGGGGACGGCGAUGGGCCUCGCGUACCUGCACGAGGAAUGCCUGGAGUGGGUCCUCCACUGCGACGUGAAACCUCAAAACAUCCUUCUGGACGAGCACUUCCGACCAAAGCUGGCCGACUUUGGAAUGUCCAAAUUCUCAGAGACGGGGGCCGGCGGAGGAGACGCUUGCCGGGGUAAGUUCGAGGUAUCCAGAGCGAGGGGCACAAGAGGGUACAUGGCCCCAGAGUGGAUAGUCAACCAGGAGAUCACGGCCAAGGCGGACGUGUACAGCUUCGGCGUGGUUAUGCUGGAGCUGGUGACGGGGAGAAGCGCAUCCGGUGUCCACGGGGGGAAGUGGAACCAGCUGGUCCGGUGCGUAGAGGAAAAGGUGGAAGAGCGGCAGCACGAGGGAGGAACGAUGGAAGAGUUGGUCGACAAGAGGCUUCAGGGGGACUACGACAUGGCUCAGGUAGAGUUGCUCCUGAGGGUCGCUUUACUAUGCGUGAAGAUCAGCAAGGACGAGCGGCCAGCGAUGAGUGCCGUGGUUGGCCUUCUCCUUGGCGACGAUGAGCCCAAGAACCUUUCUUCCCCGGCCAGCCCUCUAGUAAACUGGGCGAUUGAUCGCAGCUAA